UGCUAAUACGGUCUGUUCCAAAACUACAGGAAUUGCAAGUUACUGAAUAAAUGGUUGUUGUAAGUUUUCGUUCAACUUACUUGCUCCUUCCGAGUUGUACUUUCUAUAUCGUCUUGCUAAUUCAGCAAUGGCAACCCAGUUACCAUUACAGCGAGCAUUAUCUAUAUCUUUUCCUAUUUGGAUGGCUUUUGCAGACGCCAUUGGUGUUCUUAUGAUUGAAGAAAUGGUUUAAAAAGAGGAAAAAAAAAGCAAACUAGAAACAAAAAAGAGAGUCUGGGUUUUGUUUUUUUACAUUAAUUUUCUAAAAGAGUGCAUAGACUACAAAUCCUACGUAGUUGCACGUGUGUUUUACCGAUGAAAAAAAAAAAGUGUUUUUAUACCGAAAUAAAAAAACUUGUAGACGAUUGUCC